AUGCCCAAUGGGACGCAAGCUCCCGGAGAUGGCAUCACCGGGGGAUAUACAGGCGACAGCCUGGCGAUGAAAAUCAUCAUUGCGACUCUGGCGGGAAUCACCUGGUACAAUGCCGUCGAACUCGUCAUCCUCGUCUUCGUCACCUUUAGCAGGUACCACGGCUCCUACUUCUGGAGCCUGCUCAUCUCCUCGUCCAUCGGGCUCGUUCCCUACUCGAUCGGGUUCCUGUUGAAGUUUUUCCAGUUGACCGCUCAGACCUGGCUGUCCGUCACCUUCAUCACCGUCGGCUGGUGGUGCAUGGUCACCGGCCAGUCCAUCGUCCUCUACUCGCGCCUGCACCUGGUCCUGCGCAACCCACGCAUCCUGCGCCGCGUCCUCGCCAUGAUCCUCGUCGAUGCCGUCAUCUUCCACAUCCCCACCACCGUCCUGACCUACGGGUCCAACAUGGCCGGCCCCGACGCCGCCCCGGCCUACAUCCGCGGCUACAACGUGAUGGAAAAGAUCCAGAUGACCGGCUUCUGUCUGCAGGAACUCAUCAUCUCGGGCCUCUACAUCUGGGAAACCACCCGCAUGCUCCGCCUCGACCCGGACCGCGGCAAGCGCAAGAUCAUGUACCAGCUCGUCGCCAUCAACCUCAUCAUCAUCUUCAUGGACCUCGGCCUGCUCGUCGUCGAGUACAUGAACAAGUACAUCCUGGAGACCAUGAUCAAGGGCGUCGUCUACAGCAUCAAGCUCAAGCUCGAGUUCGCCGUUCUCGGGAAACUCGUGUACCUCGUUCGCAACCACGUCUGGAAAUCCGACCCCGUCGCCGCCGCCGUCGGCACAGGCAUCGACAACUCCCACCCCGCCAGCUACCACCACCCCGAAUACCAUUACCCGGACUUCGUCGACGCGACCCGCGUCACCUCCGACCUCACGCACGCCAUCCCCGCCUCCUCCUCCUCCGUCGGCGUCCAUCGCCGCUCCCACCCGUGGAUGGACUCGGACGACAUCUCCAUCGCCAUGUUCGAGCACUCCGAGAACGCCCCGGCCUCCGCCUCGCUCCCAGACCACGGGACCACUCGCUCCGAGAUCUCGCACUCCUGGAGCGGCGAGACCCAGCGCGACGUGAGCCCGCUCGACUUCACGGACUCGCUGCAUAAACAGCACAACAGUAUCAGUGGGGCCCCCGAUAAACCGGGUUGA